GGGAGGUCGCGCGGGCCAGUUAUUAUGUCGCAGGUAUGGCUCGAAGGUAAUUAAUACUAUUGUUAUGAUUCAGAUAGAGGUACGUCAUUGUCAGUACACCUUGGCUCGGUUGCGCGACUUGAUCUUCGGCAGUCGGAGCUGAAACGCGCAACAGGUACGAUCAUCGCGUCUUCUCCGGCAGCGGGCGUGAUGACACACGCUUCCGUCGCCGAUAUUCUUCACGCACCUCGUCGCAAAUAUUGUUGCUCGGCCGAUGCACGGCACAACACCGUCGAUCGCGCGAUUCCGAGUUACAAUUAUAAGUCGUCAUUCGGCGGCGGUGCAAUUGGAUUCGAAAUCGAGCGAUUAUGCGCGCGAUCCGCGGUACGAUCCGCAUGGACUGUAGCAUAAGUGAAUAGUGAAUCGCGAUAUGAUACACAUGAACAAAAUACUGGAACUUCCUCUCGAAGAGACGCGAUCGACGUGAUACGAUGAGCAGAGCGCGUCCCGAGGAACGGGCGUGAUCAUUCUUCGGCACAUCGUAGCCGACACAUUCGGGUGAAUCGAGGGGGGUCCAUGAAUUCGUUCGAGAUGAGCGAUCUCGUAAAUGGUGUUCAGCAACAUGAGAAAGCGACGAACACGACGACGAGGUCGCAGCCGAGAUCGAACGGCACCAACGAUGCGUCGGGGGAGGACGCGAGAAGCGGCAAAUUCCACAAGUCGACCCAGAGCGAUAUCUCGGCGUGGAAGAGGUCCAGGCCGAUGUCUCUGGCGUAUCUGUCGAGGCAGCCGCAGAGCGAGUCGAGUUUCUCCACGCACAGUUCGCGAAGCACGUUGUACCCGGUUCAGAGCGAAUUGGUCUUAUCGCCCAGGAACAAACAUUACAACAACAACAGAUACGUAUCCCUGGACAUGAGGUCGAUCAGCAACCUGCCGUAUCCUAGUCCUCCGCACUCGAACAGUCACAUUUACGGCGGCGGUAUGCCGUACACGUGUUGCUGUACGUGCAUGGGCUCGCAAAUCCCGCCGGCGCCGACGCCACCCUCGCACCACGCCGAGGAUCACGACGGGCCCGAGAGUCUCUCGUGGAGGAGGCUGCACAUGAGCCGGGCCAAACUGAAAGCAACCGCGACCACGUCCGAGCUCCUCAGCGGCUUCGCGAUGGUGGCGAUGGUAGAACUGCAAAUAAACGAGCCGACCGCGGUGCCGGAGUGGCUGUUCGUAAUGUUCGCGGUCUGCACUACCUUCUUAGUAUCGGUGCAUAUUUUCGCGCUGAUGAUAAGCACGUAUCUUUUGCCGAAUGUUGAGGCCAUAAGCAAGCUCCAAGUGUCGAAGCUCGUGACGGAAUCGCCGCACGAGAGGAUGCGCGGCUUCAUCGAAUUAGCUUGGGCGUUCUCCACGGUUUUAGGACUGUUUCUGUUUCUCGUUGAGGUGGCCAUCCUUUGCUGGGUGAAAUUCUGGGACUACUCCUUCACCGCCGCCACUGCCAGCACCGUAAUAGUCAUUCCCGUGCUCAUAGUAUUCGUUGCUUUCGCUGUUCACUUUUACCAUUCCUUGGUGGUUUACAAGUGUGAAAGUGCGGUGUCGGAUAUGAAGGAUUUGGAGAGUAUAAAAAGGAAUCUGGACAGCGUGACGAUAGGACAAACCAACGUGUAAACAACUUGAGACGCGAUACCGCGAAACCUGUGAAAUAAUCAGUCGCUGUUGAAUUGUCACAAAUUAAAGGGAAUGCCGUUGAAUAGGAUAAUGAAUAAGAAACGAUUGUAUUCUACUGCGUUGGAAGGAAGGUAAUGUCGUAUCUCCCCGAAGAAUGACUUUGGUGUGUUUUACUAGAGAGAAAUUUCAAUCCAGAUAACGUAAAUGCACGCUAUCCUGUCGUUUAGUAUGCGGAGAAUGCAUAUAAAAGUUUAUAUUCACUUGAGAUCGAGAGCGAAAUGGAGCAAAACAAGCUGAAUCUUCAUUGCUUGAUGCUGUUUUACUUUUGUAAGAGGAAAAAUGCGACGCAAACGAAAAAGGAAAUAUGUGCUGUACAUGAAGAGGAUGUCGUAACGAACUUAUGUGCCAGAGAUAGUUUACAAAGUUUCAUGAUGUGACCGAUUCCAAGAUGAGGAGAGCUCUGGUCGACCGCCUGUUGCUGAUAACGACCAAAUCAAGAUUUUAAUCAAGAAUAAUCAACCGUACACGACGCGGGAGACUGCAAAGAUACUCCGCUGGUUACAUACAAUCGAGCCAUCGAGUAUUUGCAUAAGCUGGGAUGUGUGAAUCGUCUUGAUGUCUGGGUGUCGUACGAUUUGAAAGAAAUCGAUCGCACUUCCAUCUGCGAUUCGUUACUUAAACGCAACGAAAACGACCCAUUUUUCAAAGCGAAUCGUGACGGACGAUGAAAAAGAGGUUACCUACAACAACGUAGUGCGCAAACUGAUCCUGAGGGAAACAUUGAGAAAAACCGUUGACCACUCCAAAGGCUGGACCAAAGGCCCGGAGAAGGUCAUGUAUUUGGUGCUGGACCAAGGCUGUGUAUUUGGUGGGACUAGAAGGGUGGUAGUAUAUUAUGAGCUCCUUCCAAAAAACGUACGGCUUAAUUCGGACAAUAACCAAUUGGACGAAAUAAAGGGGGCCAUUCUAGAAAAACACCCGGAACUGGUCAAUAGAAAGGGUGUUUUAUUUCAUCUGGACGCCGAGUUUCAUUAAUCAGGAAAAAAUAUUGCAACUCGGCUGGGAUGUUUUACCGCACCCAACAUAUUUAUCAGACAUUGCUCCUUGUUCCGAUCCUUGCAGAACUUCCUCAAUGAUAAGAUGUUCAUUUCUUUGGAGGACUAUAAAAAUCACCUUCAGCAGUUCUUGGACGCUGAGAAAACGUGACAGUUUCUGCGCAUGUGAAAUUAUGUAACUGCCCGAAAAAUGGCAAAGGAUUAUAUAGAAAAGAACGGCCGUUACUCUCUGAUUGAAGUUGUUUUUAAAUAUAAAUAAACCUCUUCCAAUUUUGGGCUAAAAAUACGACAUUACUUUCCUUCCAACUCAAUAUAAUCUCUAUUGAUUUAUAAAGUAAGAAAUAUUACUCAAUUCGAAACCAUCACAAGAAAAUUACACACUUUUGAGAAUGAUGUAAGAAAGACACGGACUUUUGUUGUCAAUAACUUUACUUUUCAAACGUGACCAUGUGAAAAUGGCCAGGUUUUAUUAUAUAUAAAAAUGUACAUAGCUGUACACAUGCAAGUCAAGAAUUGCAACAGUACAAGCAAGUGCUCUUAGUAUAUUACUUAUAAUAUUCAGCAUUUAAUUAUAUUCUGUAUACAGUUUAACUCUUGAUUUUUAUUUAAACCUGUUCCUUGUUCUGUUUAUUUCUAUCAUAUCACUAAUAUAUCGUAUAUUUCUGUUGUAUCACUAAUAUAUAAUGUUUUUUUUAUCUUAUCACUUAGUUUGUGGGAAAACUGAAGGACAGUUGAGUACUUAUUUUGUAUAUACACUUCUUGAAAUUUACAUAAUGAGCAUGUUUAGUAUCUGUAAUCCUAGUCAUUAAAUGAAUCGUCAGACUUUAAAGAUUCCCAGUAAGAUGUGAUUCGUUAUUAGUAUUAUAAAAAGUAAAGAUAUAUAAAUAACAUACCUCUCAUUUUUACCAUAAACUAAGUUGUAAUCUUAAGAUAAAUACUUUCUACAAUAUUAUGUCCCAACUUCUUUUGUACAAAAACAUUCAUCGAUUGAAAGGAUGUUUGUGAGCAAAACGAGAGAUAAAAUUGCUUUAGCAACGAAAGCAUUAUGAUCUCGUGUUGCAGCAUAAAUUAUAAAAUUGUAUUGCACAAUGCCUCUAAUCAGUAUUCGUAAACUCUUCGAAGGAGAGUUAACUUCUUUAUCCUUAAAUUCUUCUUAAAUUUCUUAGGUACACUAUGUUGCCUUCAAAAUUUAGUCGUUUGUUCGAUAAACAAAAUUUCUUCAGACAUAGCGCAAACUUUGCCACUGUCAAGUUUACAACUGAGGUUAUUUCUAUGUACAUUGGAAGAAAAAAAAAAAACUUAAAACAUAUGUCACAAAAGUAUAAACAUUGGUAUUCUAAUAUGCUUUAUUAAAUAAGAAAAGAAAAAAAAAGAAAAAAUAGUUUGAAAAAUCAAUGAUUCUAACACUAUAAACAUUCUCUAAAAUGUACAAAAAUACGUUUCGGAAUAGGGCAAUUCAAAAAAUUUUACAAAUGUAUCUGUAAUUCUCGGACCAAAUAACAGAAGUAAUCAAAAUAUAUGCUUUGUUACUUAUUUUACAUAAGUGAUUAUCAUGUAAAGAUGUAAAAAUGAUUUUUAUGUUCAAUAUUCAACUAUAUGAUAACAAUGGAAAAUGAAUCGCUUGUGCUAUGGACAGGUAAACAAAUAAAGAUUGACAACAUAACAAGAGAACAUAAUCACUACGAAGUUAAUGAAACAUGCCAAACUCAAUAUAUUGGAAGUGCUUUUGUUUAUAUGACCUAAUUCGAGUGAGAAGUUCAGCCUCUAUUUUUCUACGUUAAAAAGAUAUACAAGUGCACAGAUUAAAUUAUUAAUUUGGAUUGUUGAAUAAUUUAACUUCCCUAUCAUAUUUUUCUAUAAAGCUUUUUUUUUCUACUAUAUAUCGUUUCCAAAAACUUGUAGUAAUAUAUCCUAUACGAUAAUGCGCUUAUCCAUUUAACGUAAAUUAUGAACUAUUAUCCCGAUGUACAUACAUAUAUAUAUGUAUAUAUAGAUUCUUAAUACAACUCGCUAAAUAUUAUAAUA